UCUGCCCCUCCCCCACUCCCGCUGUGUCUGUCUCUCUCUCAAAAUUAAAUAAACAUUUUUAAAAAAGAAAAAAAGUUGGCAGCGGUUGAGGGUUUAAAUUUAAAGGUUCAGGGAGAGGACGUUUCUUUCCCCAUCGGUGGUUUUUCUGUUUUCAGUGUGACCAGGCUCGACACCUGGAUGCAUGCCUCUGCUCGGCCCCUGGACUGUGGCCGUGAUGAGGUGAGCCCUCCGCCUUGGCGCCUCUGGCCCGCGGAGCGUGGACGCAGCUCUGCCCUCGGCCCCUCGGAGUGGUAGGAAGAACACUGGCCGCCUCUGCACUCUCGUUUCUUAGAACGUAGGACUUGGUUAGAGAACCGCUGUACGAGCCCCACUUCCAAAUCCAGUGUGGCCUCGUCGCAUUUAGGGUUGCCUGACCCGCGGAUGGGGCCCUCCACGGUGUGACUCGGCCGGGGUGGAAGGGGCUCCCGGGACACUCGUGCGAGUUCCUCGCCUGGCCGCCCUCGGGCCUGUGUGGGACACACGCCGUCUCAGUGGCUGAGACCCGAGGGUGGCACCCGGGAGGGGCGGACAGAGGCUCAGAAGCCUCGGUGUGUGAUUUGCGGAGGUGACUCCUACCCCGCACCCCGGGCUGUCCUGCCAGGAGGUGGAGGAAGGGAGACCGGGGGAGUGCAGGCGCAGGGGGAGCGGAGGGCAGGGCCGGGCUGAGGAAGGGAGGGAGGUGGCCCACCGCCCGCACGGCUGGGCGUCUGCUGGGACGGCUGCCUGCCCGGCUGCUUGCGCUCGGCCUCCAUCGCCUGGGAGGAGUGGUGAGCACCGAGGGCAGGAGGCGGAGGGAGUUAGCGCCGUGCGAGACCUUUCCAGAGGCCGGCCCGGACCACCGUGCGCGUGCAGGCGUCCGGAAGCAGGGAGACAGGUCAUGGGUCCCCGCGUGAAGGGGGCUUGACGUGGGCCCAGCUCGUCUCUCAGGCCACGUCCCGCAUGGCCCCGCUUCGGCAGGUGUACCUGACGGCACCCGAGUGGGAGGCGGUGGGCGGGCAGCCCCUGGUAGCAGGGGUGGGGGUGCCCGUGUCCUCCAGAGCUCCGCCUGCGGGCCCCGGUGGCGACCGGCUGGAAACGCUCCCGUCCCUUCUCGCCCCCGCUCCUGCUUUCUCGUGCAUUCCAGGCCAGGGCGGCACACGAAGGCGGGAAAAACUGCCCAAUGCCCGCAACUGUGGCGCGGGCUCGAGCCCUUCUGUCGAAGGGAGAGACCUGGAGAGCACGGGCCGAUCUACUCGGCCAGUGGCAGCACCCCUCGAACCCCGGCUUCCCGUGGCCGCCUCCGCGCCGGCUCUAUCCGGAGAACGCACGGACCGGCGGCCGGCCUGCUGCUCGCAGGGGCUCGCGGUUCUGUUCCCCAAACCCCCGCGCUCUGUGCCUCCGGGUUCCGUGGACCACGGCCGCGUGCCGACUCCUGGGGGCACGGGGCGUGUGGAACAUUCCUACCGGCCGACUCUCUUUCCUUCUCAGUGGAGCUCCGUCCACACUGGCUCCUCCCCGAAGGCGCUCAGCACGGGGCAUCGUCGGGCCGGCGGAGCUCGCGGUGUCCCGGCGGACCCCGGGCCUGGGCGGGAUGACGGGUCCCCCGGGGCAGCCUCCCGGGCACACGUUGCCCAGAGCAGGGCCAAGGUUGCAGCCAGACCCCGAAGCCACGUCCGGCCACCCCCCUCCUUCAGCCUGUGCUCCCUGCACCGUGUUCCCCGCCUGGGCCCCCGUUGGCACCUGUGGCCUGACCGCGCUCGCCCUGGCUCCGCUCCUGGGUCCUCCUGGGUCCGUCGGCAUCAGGGACAUCCCUCCCUGCUCCCUCGCCCGGGUUCUCCUCCGAGGCGUCCGCACCGCUGCGUUUCUGGUCACCGCACCGGAAGCCCCGAAUUCCGAAUUCCCCCUCGGCGUCCCCUUCCUGCCGCCAGUGGCCAGUGACCGCCCGAGCCCUUUCCAGCCACUCAUCUUGACCCGGCGCCCCCUUCCGCUCCCGUCACACUCCCCGUGCCCCAAGCGCGGCAGGGCUCCUGCUCAGGACGGGCCAUUUGCCUUCUAGAGAAACACGAUGCACUCACGUGCCACGUGCCACUCCUGCGUCAGGGACGUUCCCGCGUGCUUUGCUCUGCCGCAGGGCCGCCCCCUUCCUCCUGGCACCGGCCCGCACCACGUUCACCUCUCUGGACCGCGACGAAAUGACUGGGAGUUGUUAUUCUGUGCUUUGAAACAGGUAAACGGCGCUUCCGUUCCCUCCCCGGGCAGCCGCAGUUACCCGUUCCCGGCACGUCCUUCCCGGGAGAUUUCCUCUCCACGCACGCGUGCAAAGAGCCUUCUUCUGUGCAAGUAACACGCCCCGCACCCUGUCGCGCACCUUGCUGUUCUGACUCGACACCACUACCUUGGUCUUUCUCCACCAGCACGGACGCGUCCAGUUGGUUUGCACCUCCGUUGGCUUCACGGUCCCCCGCUUAUGACCGCUGAUUUGUUUCCACUGCCCUCAGUCACUGGUCACCGACCGGCAUAACCCCGUGAUGUAGCCAUUGUAGCCGUGGCAUGGAUAUCUAGGAUGGGAAUUUCUGGGUCAAAAGACCUGUUUAUUCUCACACUUGACCCUGACUGUCUUGUGGAGACAUAGCACCGUCCUGCACUUCUGUCCCCCUUCCUGACACUGUGGCAACCAAGCGCUCGAUCUGAGGUGUUUGCUGAGCUCUUCAGGGCGCUCAGGUUGUCAGAGAGUCCGGCCCGGGGCUGGGCAGGCGCUCGCGUUGGGCCCGAGGAGAAGCUUGGCUGCAGGGUCCGCUGAUUCCCCCGCACAGACUCGGUUUUGUUAUCUCGUGUGUGGUGGCUCAUGGCACUUAAUCGAUUGAAAAUAAAUUUAGCAGCAAUUAAGUCGCA